GCUUUGUGUAUUAAAAAAAUAGGUUCUUCCCUGCUCUAUGUGAACACUGUCGCAAAACACAGCUUAGAAAAGCCAUCAAAAGCAACCAUUUUCCGCCAAAUACAAAGUUCUUUCUCUCGUACUACUGAACGAAACCAAUCAAUACUUUCUCUCCGAUCAUCCUUUUCAGGAUACAUAAAAGUUAGUUAGGGUUCCGGUAGAGUGAAGGAUGGCGGAACCAGCGAGUCCAGGCGGCGGCGGCGGAAGCCAUGAGAGUGGCGGCGAGCGGAGCCCUCAGUCGAACUUGCGAGAACAAGACAGGUACCUCCCGAUCGCGAAUAUUGGACGCAUCAUGAAAAAGGCAUUGCCUGCUAAUGGAAAGAUCGCUAAGGAUUCUAAGGAUACUGUUCAGGAAUGCGUCUCUGAGUUCAUCAGCUUCAUCACCAGCGAAGCAAGUGAUAAGUGUCAGAAAGAGAAGAGGAAGACGAUUAAUGGAGAUGAUUUGCUAUCAGCCCUGGCUACCUUAGGAUUUGAGGACUACAUUCAGCCACUGAAGGUCUAUUUGGCUAGGUACAGAGAGAUGGAGGGAGACGCCAAGGGAUCUGCUAGGGUUGGAGAUGCAUCUGUUAGAAAAGAUAUAGUUGGAAGUCAGCUUGGCUCCAAUACGCAGUUUGUCUAUGAAGGCUCUUUUGCACAAGGCUUAGACUAUGGAAACUCUCAAAUAUGAAUUUUGAAACAGUGAUUAGUCGUUUGCUGGUACAGAUGCCGAGUAUCUUCCGGCUUCUCAUCUUGCUGAUCUUUGUAUUAAGCUAUUCAAUAGCAACGUUGAUGCUUGUUUGAGAGAACAAGAAACAUAAAGGACUCCUACUAAUUUCUGGAUCAACUUUUUGCAAAUAUUUUUUGCUAUACUUCUAUUUAAAUUCUCUUCCGCUCUGUACAUACUGCUUGGUUUUGAAUUUUCACUGAGAACAAACCUUCUAUUGUAGUUUGUACAGCAUCUAAGUGUCCAAACAUUUGGAUCUGUUUUAUUCGUCCAUUUCUGUUAUUGAUCAUUGUUUUCUCCAAAAAAUAAAAAUAAAAAAAUCAUUGGCUCUUUU